AUGCGGUCUCUGCACGCACCCGCCCCUUCUUCUACCCUCCUGAAAUUCCUCAAAUCGCAGUCAGAGUGCAUCUGCUUCUUCAGCCCCAACCCUCGACCAGGCUUCUCCUUCGACCAUGCUGCCCCUCGGGUUCGAGUACCACAGCUGCCAACAUGUCGUAGCGUAAAAUCGCCUUCAAAUGCGAGAAGAUUAUCUACGUCUUCUCCGCGACGCGCCACUGUUGAAGCUUCGUUCCUGAAUCUGGAGUUUCUCUGGCCGAGAUCUGCUCCGGCGCUCAAAGCAAUGACAACCGAUUCACAUGAUAUAGCUCGGAAUCGGAGUCUGGCAUAUAAGGGCUCACUGACGGUUCAGCGGAAUGCCCAUUCGGGCUCGAAGAAAUGGCACCAGAAGCUCUGGGGAGUAACUUCUUUGCGAGGGGGACGACCUCUACGGCCAGACGAUUUACCAGCGACUUUGCAUGGCUCUGAGGAGGAUAGUGACAAUUCGAUGUUCAGUCUUGGAAGGCAUAUAUCUGCCAAAGCGGCAGCGCAGCCGAAGCUUCGCUGUACUGAGUUUGAUGAGAAUGGGAAUGUGGUUUUGGCGAGUGGGGAGUUCAAGAAGAGCGAAUUGAUUGCGAAGUAUGGACUCCUCCCCCGCGAUCUCAGGAAAAUAGACAGUAGUCUCCUUCCCCAUAUCCUCGUCCGCCCCUCCGCAAUUCUAAUAAAUCUCCUCCACCUCCGUGUCCUCAUCAAAGCCAAUCGCGUGCUCGUGUUUGACGCCUACGGCACAACAGACUCCUACAACCAAAGCGCUUUCAUCUACGACCUAGAAGACAAGCUACGACAGAAACAGGCCUCGCCUCUAGCAGGCGGCCUACCCUAUGAAUUCCGGGCUCUGGAAGCUGUUCUCAUAUCCGCGAUAACCAGCUUAGAGAAAGAGUUUGAGGGUGUGCGAAAGCCGGUUGUGAGAGUCCUGCGACAACUAGAAGAGGAUAUUGAUAGGGACAAGCUUCGGGUCCUGCUUAUCUAUUCGAAGAAAUUGGGAACGUUUGAGCAGAAAGCUAAAUUGGUGAGAGAUGCUAUUGAUGAGCUACUAGAAGCAGAUGAUGAUCUGGCCGCCAUGUACCUCACUGAGAAGAGCCAUGAUUUGGUCCGUGGAGAGGACGACCAUACGGAAGUCGAGAUGCUGCUUGAGUCGUAUCAUAAGCUAUGCGAUGAGAUCGUGCAGGAGUCUGGGAACUUGGUGUCGAAUAUCCGGAAUACGGAGGAGAUCGUAAAAGCCAUUCUAGACGCCAACCGCAACUCUCUCAUGCUCCUAGACCUCAAAUUCUCCAUCGGCACGCUCGGUAUCGGCUCAGGAGCCUUCAUUGCUGCCCUUUACGGCAUGAACUUGAAGAACUUCAUCGAGGAGUCUGACAUCGGCUUCUGGGGGGUCACGGGCUGGAGUAUGGUCUUCGCGGGCGUCGUCUGCGCCUAUGGUCUCACAAAGCUGAGGAAAGUCCAGAGGGUGAGUAUGUGGGGUGAGGGUGGGAGGAGAGGUCGCAGUUGGAGAGAUGAGGAUUUGGACAGGGCGCUGGUCAAUAGGGAACUCGAGGCCGGGCGUAGGGAGAGGAGUGAGAGGGAGAGGGUGAGGAGGCUGAAGGAGGGGAGAGUCGAUGAUAGGGCGGCGCCUGUUAUGGCAUUGGGGAAGGUGAACACUAAGCUCAUCUAG